AUGUCUCGCAUGGUGACAACAUGCUGGAACCUUGCUCCAGCAACUAGUCAACUCCUUCCUAUUACCAGUAGAGCUGCUGCUUCUACUGCUUUCAUCAGAAGCCUAUCACUUCCAGUCAGGCGGACUCCGGUGAUCGGAGCAAGAUCCUUUUCAUCAAAGACGAGGCCCAACAGCCAAGUUAAUCAUGCUCGUAUCACUCCAGUACUAGCUGUAUCCGCAGGGAUUGCCCUCAGUUACUACCUUUACCAACGAAGUCCCCAGCCCAUGAGGAUGAGCUUGGCACCGGAGAAGAUAAAUUGCGCUCAUUGUGUGGACGAAAAGCCCGAGGUAAUCCAAGAGAAGGCAGCCGGGUGUUGCGAAGAUGAGCAAACCACUACAUAUCAAGGGAAGCCUCUUUCAUGCUGUGUCGAUGAUGAGGCAUCCAUCGCUAUGGUCCCUGCUAUCGGCGGAGAUCACAAGCACAAGAUCUUCGAGACAGUUGACGACGAGACAUUGCUGAUCUCAAAGCUCCCCAAAGAAGACGCGAUUCUCACAACAGCACCAAAUGUUCCUCCCUCUAUCACAAGAGACCAUCCUGCUCUUGUCAGGGUUCCACUGAUAACUACAACUAAACUGGCACAGUUGACCAGCCAGUACAAAUACGAACAGUGGACGUUUAACGGCACUGUCCCUGGCCCUUUUAUUCGCGCUAAAGUCGGGGAUGUCGUUGAACUAAGUCUCACCAACAAGGAUCCCGCGGGAAAUCCUCACAACAUUGACUGUCACGCAUUCACUGGUCCUGGUGGCGGUGCUGCUGUGACUACAGCUGAAGAGGGCGAAACCAAGGUUGGUCGCUUCAAGCUGCUUUAUCCUGGUCUCUAUGUAUAUCAUUGCGCUGCUGCCCCUGUUCCCGUUCACAUCGCCAACGGUAUGUACGGCCUCAUGUAUGUGCAGCCAGAAGGCAAUGACCUGCCGCCUGUGGACAAGGAGUAUUAUGUCAUGCAGAGCGAGUUCUACCACGAACCACCAGAGGUUGACGAUGACGGUCGACGAUCCGAAAUUGUCGAAUUCUCUUAUCCCAAUGGUCUUCGUGAGGAGCCCCAAGUCGUUGCCUUCAAUGGCAGCGAGUCUGCUUUGACAAGAGAUCAUCCCCUCAAGGCUCAUGUCGGUGAUGAUGUGAGAAUCUUCUUCGGAAAUGCUGGACCAAACCUGACUAGCUCAUUCCACAUCAUUGGCACGCACUUCAAGAAUGUGUACCGAGAUGGUGGCGUGACCAGUAACCCAUCAAAGGGUAUUCAGACCGUUUCUGUUCCUUGCGGCGGAUCAACAAUCGUUGACUUGAAGAUGGCUGUCCCAGGAACGUAUACACUGGUUGACCAUUCCAUUUUCCGCCUCGACAAGGGUGCAGUGGGCUUUCUCAAUGUCUCUGGGCCGCAGAAUCCGGGAGUCUACCAGAGCUCUCAGCCGCCAAGACCAUGCGUGGGUUGCAAAUUGCACUCCUGAUCAUAUCAUGAAGUUUUUUCAGAUGGCGCUAGCAGGCAUGAGGAGCGGCUGAAUAGCUACAGGUUUAGCAUCUCCGCCUUUCGGAGUGACGACUUGAUCCGCCUUGGGGCUUUCUUAUUGGGUAUAGUCUGGUUGAAGGUUCAGCUUGUUGUGGGGACAUCGUAUCUGGAAGAUAUUUAUG